AUGAACAAGGAACUGCUUUGCUUUCCAGCAGGAGCAGCCAGAGAGGAGGAGCUGCAGGUGAUCCAGCCUGACAAGUCCGUAGACAACAAGGACUUUUCCAUCCACAUCAGUAACAUCACCCCAGCAGACACUGGGGUCUACUACUGUGUGAAGUUCCAGAAGGGGAGCCCUGACACAGAGCUUAAGUCGGGACCAGGCAUGCAGGUCACCAAAUGGGGUGAGGUCUGGAACCUGACUUUCUGGUUCCACAGUUCAGCCAAACCCUCUCGCCCUGUGGUAUCGGGACCCACAGAGAGGGCCACCCCUGGGCAGACGGUGACCUUCACCUGCCAGUCCCACGGCUUCUCCCCCAGAGACAUCAGCCUGAAGUGGUUCAAAAAUAGGAAAGAACUGCCAGCCUCCCGGCCCAACGUGGACCCCCCAGGAGAGGCCGUUUCCUACAACGUCUCCAGCACAGCCACGGUGCAGAUGGCGUCGGGGGACGUCCGCUCCCAGGUCAUCUGCGAGGUGGCCCACGUCACCCUGCAGGGCGGCGGUCUUCGUGGGACAGCCAACUUGUCUGAGACCAUCCGAGUCCCGCCUACCUUGGAGGUUUCCCAGUAUCCCGCGGCAGGGAACCAGGUGAAUGUCACCUGCCAGGUGAAGGAGUUCUACCCCCGGAACCUACAGCUGACCUGGUUGGAGAACGGAAACGUGUCCCGAACAGAAAAGCCCUCAACUCUCCUGGAGAACAAGGAUGGGACCUUCACCUGCACGAGCUGGCUCCUGGUGAACGCUUCUGCCCACAGGGAGAAUAUGGUGCUCACCUGCCAGGUGGAGCAUGACGGGCAGCCCGCGGUCUCCAAAGCCCUCACCCUGGCGGCCUCAGCUCACAAGGACAAGCAGGACACAGAUGUAACUUCAGGCAAAGAGCAGUCCAUGCCACUCCUCAUCGCUCUCCUCCUGGGCUCUAAGGUGCUGGUGCUGGUGGGUGUCUCUGCCUCCUACAUGCACAGGAAGCAGAGGCCCUGACUCUUCUUCCCUCCUCCCUGCUGCCUGCGCCUCCAGCUCUGCAGCCUCCUCCCUUCCUAGACUCAACAAGAAAUAGGGAGAGGACUCAAGUAACUACCAUAUAAAUGGAAGAGGAGAAAUUACAACAGGAACCACAGAAACACAGAGGCACAUGGAGACUGUGCCUACACAUAUCAGCUUCACAUAACACAGACUGGACAACCAAGAUGAAAGAGAUAUAUUCCUGCAAGCACACAGCCUGUCUUGACUGAACUAUCAAGAAGUUUUCAUACAUAUGUCCUGAGAUCACUGGUUGAAUACGCAUUAUUCUAUUCU